AUGGCGCAAUGCGCUGCUCGGUUGGAGGCAAAGGAUAGAGCCAAGGCCAAAACCCCUGCUGCUGAUGCUACGGCUGGUCCUCCGGCUGAUCAGAGCGCUCCUAAUUCAGAAGACCCUCCUGCUCCCCAUAGAAGAAUUAUUGGGAUUCACCCAUCACUUGAAGAAGAGAUAUCUCUUCAGAAGAACAUCAAAGAUCGAAUAAGUUACCGUGUUCGAUUAAUUGCUUCAGUUGAUUGUAUUCGCUUUCUUGUACGACAAGGUCUUGCAUUUCGUGGUCAUGAUGAGUCCAAAGAGUCUAAUAAUCAAGGUAACUUUCUCGAACUUCUAACGUUUCUUGCUAAUCAUAACGAGGAAGUUAGAACUGUUGCUUUAAAAAAUGCUCCUGAGAAUCUUAAACUGAUUUCGCCAAAGAUUCAGAAGGACAUUGUAAAUGCUUGUGCUAUGGAAAAAAUUAAUGUUAUUAUUAGAGAUAUGGGAGAUGUUGUUUUUUCUAUUUUAGUUGAUGAAUCUCGUGAUGUAUCCAUAAAGGAACAAAUAGUCGUAAUGUUUCGUUAUGUGGACAAGAGACGAUGUGUGAUUGAGCGAUUCAUCGGUAUUGAACAUGUUCCUAAUACCACUGCGAUCUCACUUAAGAUAGCAAUUGAUAAGUUGUUUUCAAAGCAUGGGUUGAGCAUAUCCAAAUUACGAGGUCAAGGGUAUGAUGGAGCUAGUAACAUGAGUGGAGAGUUUAAUGGUUUGAAAAGUAUUAUCAUGAAGGAGAAUGAAUGCGCUCUUUUUGUCCAUUGUUUUUCUCAUCAACUACAAUUAGCACUCCUGGGUGUGGCAAAAAAACAUGAUUUAAUAGGUACUUUUCUCACCGUAGUGUGUAAUAUGGUGAAUGUUGUUGGAGUCUCAUCUAAGCGUCGUGGCAUUGUCCAGGAAAAACAAGCUCUCAAAGUCAUCGAAGCCUUAAAAGGUGGAGAACUUUUGAGUGGAAGAGGCCAAAAUCAAGAAAGUGGAAUUAAGCGUCCAUGUGAUACACGUUGGGGAUCACACUUUGGUACUUUGGUAAGCUUUACUAUCAUGUUUUCAUCUAUUAUUGAUGUGCUUGAGGAAAUUACAAAUGAUAGAUUGAAUAGUGAGCAAAAAUAUGAAGCAUCUAUUAUGUUACAAAUGGUGCAAACAUAUGAUUUUGUCUUUAGCUUGCAUUUGGUGAAGAAUAUUCUUGGGAUCACAAAUAAGUUGUCACAAGUCUUACAAAAAGGUGAUCAAGAUAUUUUCAAUAUUGAUGUUCUUGAUAUGAAUCAUAUGUAUUGUGCUCAAGGGAAAUCACGGCGCAAGGCUCCAAAGCUUACAAAUUUUCACUAUUUCCGUGUUGAUUUUUUCAAUACAGUGAUAGAUUUACAACUACAAGAGCUAAAUAGUCGUUUUAAUGAGGCUAAUACUGAGUUGCUACUUUGUUUAGCGUGCUUAUCUCCAGCUAAUUCAUUUUCUGCUUUUGACAAGGGAAAGUUAAUUCUUCUUGCUCAACUUUGUCCAUGUGAUUUUUCUACAAUGGAUAUAAAGGUACUAGAAUAUCAACUUCAAACAUAUGUUGAUGAUAUGCAUUCUCAUGUCAAGUUUUCAGGUUUGAAAGGGAUGGUUGAUCUUUCUAAGAAACUAGAUGAGACACAAAAGGAUAAGGUAUAUCCAUUGGUUUAUUUGCUUAUUAAAUUGGCAUUAGCGCUUCCAAUUGCAACAGCUUCAGUAGAAAGAGCAUUCUCUGCAAUGAACAUUGUGAAGAAUCAAAUGCGCAACAAAAUGGGAGAUCAAUGGUUGAAUGAUAGCCUCACUAUGUAUCUUGAGAAUGAUGUAUUCAAUGCUAUUGAUAAUGAGCCUAUUAUUCAUCAUUUUCAAGACAUGAAAUCCCGACGAGGACGACUUUAA